AUGUGGCGCAUCCCGAAAGACACUCCGCAGACUGCAACCUCCAACGGGCAUCAGGAGCUCACGGAACUGACUUCUGACACACCACUGGACACAAUCUUUCAGCACUGGAACGAAGAUGGAGCCGUCGUCAUCAAAAGUCUGCUCACGCCGGAGCAAGUGACUCAGAUGCAGACAGAGCUCGAGCCUGUCCUCGACGCGGUGCAACGAGGUUCAAUCAUCGCACACGAGGAGCUACAAGCGUUCCACGGUCGCAAGACCAAACGAGCGGGUGAUUUGAUCAACCACAGCGCUACCUUUCGAGAAAAGUUUGUCGAGAAUGACUUUUUGCACUCCUUGCUCAAGACGGUCUUCACCGAAGGUGGGCACGCUGGCAAUUACUGGCUCGCAGCGGCUUCCACACUGAACGCCGCAGGUCCCCAGCCGGCUCAGGUCCUCCAUCGUGACGUACAGCAAAGCCCGCCAUAUGUUCUGCUCGGUCCCGACGCCACCGAGGCCGUGGUCAACUUCAUUAUCGCUCUCACCGACUUCACCGAGGAGAACGGCGCGACUCGAGUCAUCCCCGGGAGCAACAAGUGGAGCUACGAUCAGCGUGGAAGCCCCGAUCAGACGAUUCCGGCAUUGCUAAAGGCGGGUGAUUGUCUCUUCUUCAGCGGAAAAGUCGUGCACGGCAUGGGAGAGAACCGCACCGAGACAGAGAGGAAGUGCGUCCAGAUGUCCACGCUGGCAAGCUUCUUGACUCCGACCGAGGCUCAUCCGUUCACUGUCAAAGUUGAGACCGCGGCUAAGAUGUCGAGGCGGGCACAGCGGUAUCUGGGCUUUCGGUCGCAGUAUCCGAGGGAGACUUCCGGUCUUUGGCUGAAAGACUACGCGGAGCUGGGAUUGCAUCUUGGAUUUGACGAUGGAGAAAGCGUGAAGGAGGAUCAACAAGAGAUACUCAAGGCUCACAUGGAGGCUUAUAUGAGGGACAACGGGCAUUGAGCACGAUGAUCCUGGUGCUCUGGCCAGUUCUCGGUGGUUCUUGAUGAAGUAGUCGUAGAAGUAUUGC